AUGGCCGAACCUCCACUAGAAGAUUACGUAGAUGAGUUUCAAGUGCGGGAUAAGCCUGUUUCGCGUUUGGAUUCGCGUCCGGCGUCUCCGUUUGCUGUAAGGGCCACGAACCCUACGACGAGUGUUAACUUCACAUCGUCGUUUUCCACAUCGUCGCAGCCGUUUCUGGGUGAAUCACGGCCCUCUAGUUCCAGUAUGUACUUGGAUCUGGCCUCUGAGCGGCAAUCGGUGCGCACCAAUCACCGUGAUCUGGAACAUGAACUGCUGCAAUCGAUGCGGUCUUUGGACCUGACGCCCAGAGAUCACGCUGUUAGCAAUGAAAUUCCAUCACUAUUCGAGUGCAUACACUCAAGUUCGGCACCAGUGGCCGCCCUGCGACAGGAAAAGCAGUUCUUUAUAUUGUCAUCGGCUGGAAAACCUGUUUUCUCUAUGCAUGGCCAGGACGAGCUGGUGAUGGGUCUCAUGGGCAUAAUUCACACAGUGACCAACUAUUUCAAGGUGCAUGCAACUAAGGUGCGCGCAAUAGUGAACUCGUGCGGAAACAGCGUCAAGCAAAAAUUGGUUUUUCUCGACAAAAGUCCCAUUCUACUGAUGGCUGUUUCCUUGCGCGAAGAGUCCGUGAAUGACCUCCUGCAGCAAUUGGAUUUCCUGUACUCUUACCUCAUCUGCACUCUCAGCCGGCGCCAGCUGACCCGACUUUUUUCUAGGCGCGAAAACUUCGACCUGCGUCACUUUCUCACCAACACCGAUUUCCAGAAUCUGACACAUAUCUGCGAAUCUAUCGCAAACGGGUUCAACCCAGAUUUUCUGUUAGGCGCUUUAAGAUGCCUAACAAUGCGAAAAUCAACACGUCAAGCACUGCACGGCGUUAUGUUGACACAUGUGCAGCACCCAGAUGCCGCUGCAGAGCGAGGCACAAUUUUGUAUGGGCUCAUUGUUGCACCCGGGGGACAGUUAUGUUCCGUGCUAAGGCCAAAGGGUCAUACCUUGCAUACCACCGAUCUCCACCUUCUAUUCUCGCUAAUAUUCAAUCAGUUUCAAGGCUUGCAACAGGAUCAAGAGUUGUGGUUGCCAAUUUGCUUCCCCAAGUUCAAUUCUAGUGGCUUUUUGCAUUGUUACAUACGACUUCUAUCCGAUGAUAAGAGCCGAAACGUUGUAGCGUCGCAAAACACGUCUUCUGGGUCAGAUGCGCGGAGCUCACUUUCUGAAUAUGCUUCCGAGGAAAAUCCGUCCAACUUUUCUCCCAAACCCGCUCUUGUCCUAAUUAGCGCCCAAAAAGAGAGCUUCUUCGCAUUAAAAAAAAUUGGCCAGGGAAUCGUGGACGACCUUAUCAGCAAACAUCUUCUCGAACAGAUUACAGCCAUAUCCUCCUUAGGCUUUACCAUGGCUGACAUCCCUGCCAAGUUUGUCCAUCAUUUCAUCUACAAAUCCAAGAAGCACGUUCAAUAUGUCAUGCCACGACUUGAGGAGCUUGAUUUGUACAACAAUGAUACAUACGACGACGCCAAUAGCACUUUCACCGCCAACGAGAGAAGCGAGGGACGUGAGAGUUUGAAUGCUGAAGACGGUAUGGAAACCGAUAAAAAGGGGAGACAUAAGCACUAUCUUUACAAGCUGAUGCGAACCUAUACCCAUAUUCGAAAUAACGUCAUUGACGAAAACGGAGUUCCAUUUAACAAGUCCGUUCUAAGUUUUGUCCAAUGGUUAAGUGAUGGCCUGCCUAUGAACGAUUUGCCUCAAGGUGAGGCAGUGGAUGUGCUGUGCCUGGCGUGGCUGACACCGAACUUCGAGCUCCUGUUGAUCUGUAAUAAUGGCGCGAGCGAUCGCAACGUUAUAUUAAAAAGUGCAAAAUCGAUUGUGGACUGGUGCCGCAAAAAUGAGGAUAGAUUGUUUGUCAAGAACGGCGCGAUUUUUUAA